AUGGGCGCGCACAAUGGUCACUCCCACCAACACCCUCCAGCAUUGAGGCUCAACGAUAGCCUCGCCAUGCGGCAUGUGCACGAGCCGAGCGUGGAUGGGCCAUAUGCGUCUGUGCCGCCCAAGACGCCCGCUGAUUUGGAGGGCAUAUUUUCGCCUGUUACACCGAGUUACCAGUUUGGUGUUGACGAGCAUUUCGCGGCGCAUGCGGAUGUACACACGCCGAACUUGCACGAUCACUCACACGCGCACCACGAUCAUGGCCAUCAUGGGCACAGCGAUAAUAUGCGCGGCGUGUUCUUGCACGUUAUGGCUGACACGCUGGGGUCCGUGGGAGUUAUAAUCUCGACCCUACUUAUCCAGUUCUACGGCUGGACUGGAUUCGAUCCUAUCGCUUCUCUCUUUAUCGCCAUCCUCAUUGCUGCCAGCGUCAUCCCUCUCGUUAUCGACACUGGCAAAGUCCUCGCUCUUGACAUCACGCACAGAAGCGGUGAUAUCGAGCACGCACUCGGAGAGUUAACCUCUAUUGCUGGACUUGUCUCGUACACCGCACCACAGUUCUGGCCGAAGGACUCUGAGAGUAUCAUCGGCUCCGUCCACAUUCAGCUAGCCAGAGCGACUGGUCUCGAUCGCGUCGUAAAGCACGUCGAUGACCUGCUGAGGGAGAAGAUCUCGGGGUUGGAGGAAUUGACGAUCCAAGUUGAGGUCUUAGAACUGCACACGCACGACUGA